AUGGCUCGCCAUACCAAUCUGCUGCGCGCAUGCGCGGUCGUUGCGCUGCUGGCGGCGCUGCCUGCGGUUCAUGCGCAGGCUGAUCUUCCCGACCUUGCUACAGCAACCGAUGCGACAGCGACAACUGCCACUGGGGCGACCUCAGCAACCGACGCAACGACUGGAGAGACCACUGGUGGGACGUCGGCAACAUCAACAGGAGACACAACCGCGGAGAGCACUGCAGAAUCAACCAGCGAUGCCACGACCACUGGAGCCACGUCGAUCACGGCCUCGUUCCCGACAGGCGUCACGACGAAUACUGCGGGCACAACUGGCAGCAUCUUUUCGCUGACUGGGCUGCCUACGAUCGCAGGUGCUGGAAUACCAACAAUGGUCGUUCCAUACACUGCGAACGCGCCGUUCAUGCAGAAGUCCGCCUUACCAGAGGGCACAGUCUUCAUUGCCGUUGGAGCAGUCCUGGCCUUCAUGGGCGCAUGUGUGCUCCUCUGGCGAGGUCUGGUCGCAUGGAGCAUAAACCGCUCUGUCAAGCGCUCUGCUCUUGCCUCCAUCCGUGGCUCCGACAAAGGCUCGCAGUGGGGUGGUGCGGGAGCUGGCGCUGGCGCUGGCAACAACAACGCAUACUACAAAGAGCACGACAUUGGCAGCAGCAUGUCUCUGGACGCUUUGACGAGCAAUGGUAAGAACAUUAGGAACUCAAAGGUAGCAGGAGACGACAAGCGCUUUUCGUCUGCACCGCCCGCAGGGCUCUUCUUCUCGCCCACAGCACAGGCAUCGAAUCGGGCAAGCUCUGCUGUAUAUGACAACCGUGGCUCCACCUAUCUCCCUGCAGGAUAUUAUGCGUCUCCGAACAGCGAGCUAGCAGGUGGAAGGCAGUCUGCGGUGAUUGGAGAUUCGCUUGCGCCAUAUGCUAGACACAGCCAGAUCAGUCCUUCUCCGCCAGGAACACCGAACUCGAAGCUGCCGAACUCACGCAGCACGGCAAAUUACUACGGCGGGCGUGGCUUCGAGUCCGGGUUGCGAUCAUCAUCAAGAGAAGGGCUUAGGGCAUCAAGUCAGCACGAAAGACACAGUCGCCUAUACCAACAGCCCAGCACAUCUUCACUGGCUGUAGGCGGAGGAUCCCAAUCAAGCCACGAGAACCUCCCAGGCAUGCGAGCACCAAGUGCAGUCUUCUCAGACAUGCUCGAGAACCACGGUCAGGGUCCGCGAGAGAGAUUCUAG